GGAGGUGGUUUUUACCGCAGUGGAGGGGCGGGGUGGGGGCCGGGUGGGAGCGCGGAAGAGGCUCUGGCUUUGUACACUUCGUCAAAGGCGACGCGGGAGGAGGGGAGCUCGGAUGCGCUCUCCAUCCAUUAGGAGACAAAGAGCAAAUUGCCUUACUUUAAAGUAAAACGCUCCGGCUAGUGAAGGUGGGUGAUGGGGCUGCGGGGCCCGAGGAGCCGCUUCAAUUAUUAAGGGUUUGGCUGAUGGGAUCGAUGCCUGUGGGCACCGAGCGCUGCUGCCUCGGGUGCUCUCCGCUGCCUGCCACGGCUUCCAGGUAGGACAUGCAGGUUGUCCUGGCAGGUGCGUCUGUGCAGCUGGGAAGCAGAAGCCUCAUCUGAAAAUGGAAAGAUAAGACAAGGUCCGGCCUGUGUGACAGAACGCUGUGCCUGCCCUGGCUGGGGAGCCCUAGUCCCGGAGAUGGAUCGCACCCGUGAGGCCGAGGUGGAGCUGAGAAGGGGCCCGAGCCCCACUGGUGCCAGCAGGAGCCCCGAGAUGGAUGGAGACAAGGCCCUCAGCCAUAGCUGCUGCAUCUGUGGCAAGAGCUUCCCCUUCCAGAGCUCCCUAUCCCAGCACAUGCGCAAGCACACGGGGGAGAAGCCCUACAAGUGUCCCUACUGUGACCACAGGGCUUCCCAGAAGGGCAACCUCAAGAUCCACAUCCGCAGCCACCGCACGGGCUCCCUGAUCCAGGGCCGCGAGCCCGAGGCUGGGGAGCUACGCGUGUCCGAGGGCCUGGACGGCUGCACCAGCCCCACCAAGAGCACCUCCGCCUGCAACAAGAUCCUCAACGGGGCCGCCCCGGUGGACGACAGCAAGAUCCUGCUGCGCAGCAGCAAGAAGGAGGCUGAGGGGGCCGCCUGCGCCCCGGACGAGGGCAAGGCGGCCGCCCAGUGCUCCUUCUGCAAGUGCAAGUUUGAGCGCAAGAAGGACCUGGAGCAGCAUGUGCACCAGGCCCACAAGCCCUUCCGGUGCCGGCUGUGCAGCUACGUGGCGCUGCGGGAGGAGUCCCUGCUGAGCCACAUCGAGAAGGACCACAUCACCGCCCAGGUGCCCAGCGGGGCCGAGGCCUGCGUGGAGAACGGCAAGCCUGAGCUGCCCGCCGGGGAGUUCCCCUGCGAGGUGUGCGGCCAGGCCUUCAGCCAGACCUGGUUCCUGAAAGCGCACAUGAAGAAGCACAGGGGCUCCUUUGACCACGGCUGCCACAUCUGUGGCCGGAGAUUCAAGGAGCCGUGGUUCCUCAAGAACCACAUGAAGGCGCACGGGCCCAAGACCGGGAGCAAGAACAAACCCAGGAGCGAGCCGGACCCCAUCGCCACCAUCAACAACGUGGUGCAGGAGGAGAUGAUCGUGGCUGGCCUGUCCCUCUACGAAGUCUGCACCAAGUGCGGGAACCUGUUUACAAACCUGGACAGCUUGAACGCGCACAACGCCAUCCACCGCAGGGUGGAAGCCGGCCGCUCGCGGGCCCUGGCCGGGGAGGGCGCGGUGCAGGGCGGCGCCCCGGACUCCCAGCAGCUCUUCCUUCGGUGCCUCAACCUGCGGCCUGCGCUGGCCGGGGCGCCUGCCCGCGGGCAGGCGGGGCGGCGCGUGGCCGAGCUAGACCCGGUCAACAGCUACCAGGCCUGGCAGCUGGCCACCCGGGGCAAGGUGGCCGAGCCCGCCGAAUACCUCAAGUACGGGGCGUGGGACGAGGCGCUGGCCGGGGACGUGGCCUUCGACAAGGAGCGGCGCGAGUACAUCCUGGUGAGCCAGGAGAAGCGCAAGCGCGAGCCGGAGCCGGGCGCACAGGGGCCCCCGCGCAAGCGCGCGGGCGUGCCCGGGGACCCCCUGCCCGGGCCCCUGGACCCCAGGCCGGCCGCCCGCCCCAGUCGCCGCGCCGCCGCCCCCGCGGGCCACGGCAAGUCGUCCGAGUGCUUCGAGUGCGGCAAGAUCUUCCGCACGUACCACCAGAUGGUCCUGCACUCGCGGGUGCACCGCCGCGCGCGCCGAGACCGCCACGGCCCCGGGGAGCGCGCGCCCCGUGCGCGCUGCGGCUCGCUCAGCGAGGGCGACUCGGCCUCGCAGCCCAGCAGCCCGGGCUCAGCUUGCGGGGCCGCCGCUGACUCCCCGGGCUCGGGCCUGGCCGACGAGGCUGCGGACGAGAGCGGAGAGGACGGGGCGGCGGACCCUGUGGCAGGGGGAAAGCCUCUCCACUUCCGCUUUUCUGAAGAGGCAGCCUCGACCGCGCUCGCCGGCGGAGACCAGGGUCGCGCGCCCGGGACUGCCGCGUCACACACCGACACCGGGGAGCCCGGAGUGGGGAGCGCAGCCUCUGCGUCCGCACUCGGAAACAGGAGCCGAGACGCUUCCAAGAGAGCAGAGCAGCCCCGGUUUUCCGUGGGCGUCAAAAUGCCGGCGUUUCACCCGAAGCAGGAGGUUGCGGUCUCCAGGGACGCCGCCGACUUCCCUUCACGUUCAGAUCAGACUUUCCCCGAAGGAGCCGACCUGCCGCUCUCGUCCGGGAGCCCGGCUCAGCCCCUGAAGGAGACGCCGUCUGAUUUGCACACGAAGGAGCACACUGCAGGGGGCCGGAGGGUGCCGGCCCCAGACCUGGCCCCCCUGGACCUCAGCGAGAGGUCGAGCCGGGACGACCCCAGCCACAAGCAGCUGGCCUCGUCCCUGCAGGCGGCGCUGGCCGUUCACCCGUGUCCUUACUGCAGCCACAAGACCUACUACCCCGAGGUCCUGUGGAUGCACGAGCGUGUCUGGCACAGGGUCAGCUGCAGCUCCGUGGCCCCCCAGUGGAUCCAGCCCAACGGCUACAGGAGCAUCAGGAACAACUUGGUUUUCCUUGCCCGGAGCGGACGCACGGGCCCCCCGCCUGCCCUCGGGGGCAAAGAGUGCCAGCCACUGCCCAUCGCCCGGUUCACACGCACUCAGGUGCCAGGUGGGGCGCCGGGGCCCAAAGGCAGCCCCUCGCCCCUGGCCAUGGCCACGAAAGCUGCCAGCCUGCCUAAGAGCAAGGACAGCCACUCCGGGGGCCCUUGUGCGCUUUGGGUGGCCGGCCCCGACGGGCCCCGACAGGCCAAAGCCGGCCACGGCCCCGAGCCUCACGGCGCCCCGGCGCAGCCGUCCCUGCCGAAGCCCAGGCAGGAGGCCGGCCCGAGAGCGGGGCCCGUGGCAGGCGGCGGAGGCUUCAGCCGAUGUGCCACCCCCACGCCCUCCGUCAUCGCCCGAGCAGGAGCCCAGCCCCCCACAGGUGGCAGGCCGGGGGACAAGUAUGUCAUCCCUCCCACGGGGUCCAGCCUCGGCCCCCCACAGAAGCACAGUGCCCCGGACCUUCCGAAAGCCAAAUUCAGCCCUCAGCCUCAGGGUCCGCCGCACGGGAAAGGCGACGGGGGCCCCCCUCUACCUCCCCGUGAGCCCCCCUCCAAGGCUGGCCAGGAGCUGCGGCCGCCCACCAGCUGCGGAACGGGCCCCAGGGGGAGCACGGCCGUGCAGGUCGGCAAGCCGGAGCCCGCAUCGGACGGCCGCGAGAAACGCCUGGACAUCCUCAGUGUCUUUAAGACGUACAUUCCAAAGGACUUCGCUUCUCUCUACCAGAGCUGGGGUGCCAGUGGCCCUGCACUCGAGCACAGAGGGGAGAGACCGUUCUAACCCCAAUCCCGUCCAGACAGUGCCUCUCAGAAAGGGAACCUAGAGACUCAUUGCCGGCGUACCCUGGUCCCCGUGACAGCCGUUCCAGCCCCCCAUGGACGUCCCGGCAGUGACCCCG